GAGUGCGUAAUAUUUUUAUCAAAAUGGCUGAACUGUAAAGACGUGUAUUUCGAUAUUUUAUCAAAAUGGAGCUAAAAAGCGAGUAUUUUUCCCAAGAAAACGAAUUUCCCAGUAUUUCAGAAGUAAGAAACGUUGUCAGUUGUGGUGAUUCAGCGUAUAACACAGACAGAGUGAAGAUAUACGAUUCCGGACCUUGCAAUUCUCAGGAAGUGUCUAUCAUUGGAUUGAAGUGUUAUAGACUUAUUCACAAGCCAUUUUCAGACGUGUGUUUGUGCAAUAUGAAUAUGACUGUUUAAGUGUAACAUGCCUUAGCAUCCUCAAUAAACUGUAAAUUUCAUAUAUGUGCUAAAUAAUGAAUAAUCCAACCACCUUCCGUUCGCGUAAUAGGCGCAAUAUACUACAACUGCCAAUAAAAUUUUCCUUAUCUAACUAUUCCAUGGACGCUCAUUCGAAAGCUAUGAAGGACCCAUUCGCGGAAACUUUAUUACUUAACAAUAUCAACAAAUUGCAUCUAAUAUCGGACCCGUUAAAGAAAAACCUUGCAGAUUCUGUCAUAACAGCAUCAAGCAUGGAAAAAGCAAAGGAAUACGAGGCGGAGAAGCCUCCGCAGCGAAAUGAAUCGCAAGCACCACUAAGUGGUAUAACGAAUUUUUUUUCUGGUGUUUUCAACAUUAUGUCAGCCGUGUUUCAAAAGAGAGCCAGCUCGCCAGUGUCUCAGUAUUACGACUGUUUUGAUUUCGAAGACGAGAAGCAGAUGUCGCCGUCGCUCGCUUGGCACUCUGCCAAGUUGGAGGUUCAAAAUAAAAAUGAACAGGUUGAGCAGUGUAGUUGUAAUAAUUCUACAAUAAAUUCAAGCACAAGCAUGACUACAUGUAGAGAUGUAGUUAGUAAUUGUGAGGAUAAGUUGAACCAGGUGCGUAUGCUGUUAAAGGACAAAAAACCCCAGCAAUUGUGCAAACGGAGGCCCAGGAGGGUCUUUGUUGAGCCUGGCUCAGUGACAGACUCAUUUGAGGACGCCUUCUGUCCUGACGACUUUGUCAAUCUGCCGGACAAUACUUUUUUUGAGUGCUAUGGAGCUUAUAAUCAUCAAGAACAAGAUUUGUUUGAGACUGAUGCGCCAUUUGUUAAGACUGAAAUGUUUGUGAAUGAAUCUAUGGAUAUAGUAACUAAUUUACCUAACAAAGAAGACUUGAAUGUUCAAAUUGAAAAUGCUAAUAACAUAGACAAAGACCAGGUUGUAUCAACAUGUGAAGAUAAAAUUAACAAGAUAAAAGAGUUGUUAAAGUCAAAGUGUAAACGAAAUAGUGACAGUGCAGAGUGUAACGAUACAAAAACAUCACCAAUACCAAUAAAAGAGGUGUCCGACGAAAUUUCAUUUGGCAACGAGAUCCAAAAUAACAGUAAGGACUCAGAAUCAUCACUACCCGAAAACAGUUUCGACGAAGUGACCGGCAAAUUCUAUUCCUCAUCAGCUGACAGCGAUGAUUCAUUCCAAAUAGUGUUCACCGACAAACGACAGAGAAUACCAUCGGAGUGCGAAUCAGAAGACUCCUUUAUCGUGUUUGAGGAAUCACCAGAUAGUUGCUACACGUCCAACGAUGUAUUUGGCAACGAGAAUGAUACAGACACAGAUUCUGACCUCGAAGAGGACUCUGGGUACGGCAUAACAACCUGUAAGCUAAAUCAUUCGCUGUCGCGGACAUUUGGGGACUUAACAGAUGAUAGUUUAUACAGUGCCGAUGUUGUGGAUUGUGCUGUGCGUAUCGGCGAAGCGGCUGAUGUGAGUGAUGAUUUAGACGAAGCCAGUGCGCCAGAACGCACUGGAUCGCUUCUCAACGAACAGAGGAAAGUGGAGAAACGGAAACAGCCUCCGAAGAAGGUGCAUUUCUCCCCCCACCCCCCGAAAGUCCACGUGAUGCGCGUGUGGGCGUUCGCCGCGCGCCAAGCGCGAGCCGGCCACUGGGAGCGGCACGCGCUUGACCGCGAGCGGUUUAAACGCCGUAUUGCAGACGUCGAAAUGGCGAUAUCGUGGGUGCUGAAGCCGCAGCACCGCUCGCGGGUCGUGUUCCAAACGUUCAUGCCGUGGUGGAACGCGCAGAAACGCAAGGAGUUGGCUGAAAAGAAAGCGCUCGAAGAACAGAGGCUGAUGGAAGAAGAAAACAAAAGUGUCGGUGAUGUUCUAGAAGGAAAUGGCGCAAAUAACAAUGUAGGUGAAGAGGAACAGGGACAGAGAGAUGGUGCUGAACUUGAAAGUGCUGUUAGUGGAAGCGAGAUAGAUAUAACACAAUUGGAUUCAAACGAUAGGCCUCAAAAUGGACAAUUGGAGAAGGAUAACAUACAAGAAGAUAUGAAUGUGGAAGAGAAAGAUGCAGUUAUUGAAGCAGAUGCGUUAUCAGAUAAAAGAGCCAUGAAUCUAACGCAAGGUAAUAAUGAUGUUAUCGAAGAAAAUAAAAAUACAUACAAAAUAAAAACUAAAUCAGAAAAAGUGGAAACAUUUGAAAAUGAUAUUUCGGGUAAUAUUAAAAUUAAUGGUUUUAAUAAUGAAGACGGACCGAAUAUUAAAAAAUGUCGUAUUGUUGAUGGUUUAAUCAUAGGUAUGGAUACAUCAGAUGUCCAUUCGGGAGGUAAUGUCAAAUUUAACGGAUUUAUAUCGGAUUUGGAAAUAAAACGCGAUUUAAAUGUUAAAAAGUACAUCACACAAUCGGAUACUUGACGAAGGGGGAUAAUGGUAUUUAGAAUGUAUGUAAAUUCCUAGUUUAUUUCAUAAUUUACGUGAUUGUUACAUCAGAAGCUAUAUUUAAGUGACCGAAAACCGGAAUAUCCGUUUUUGACCGGAAAAUUGUUCCUUAUUUGUUUAUAGACCGCCCGGAUAGCAAGAUUCCUGUUUUAUUCCAAGGGAACAUUUAAUCGGGAUAAAAAGUAUCCUAGCACCCGAGUUAGCUCAUACCCUGUCCGUAUAUCAGAUUU